GAGCCGGGGCCACAGUGGGAAGGAGACAGAGAGGAGAGGCAGAGAUAUAGAGGCAAUAUUCAGUGUGUGUGUGUGUAGCAGCCAGUAAUUACAUCCCAGCGUCUGAACCAAUCAAGAGCCACACAGAGACAGAGAGAGAGAGAGAGAGAUACAGAGGGAGGAAGCCCAUUUAGAUUCCCAGUCUAUUCCCAGGCAAAGAGGUAGACAGUGUGCUUAUUGAAUCAGAGUCAGAGAGAAGGAGCGGAAGUGUUUUCUUUGGAGCGCCACAGCUCUUCCUUUCUCAUAUUUGCCGAGUCUUGCUGGGUGAGAGCAGAUGGACAAGAUGAACCACAGCUCAGCUGAGGCAGAGGCUGAAACCAUAGAACCACUGCGUUACCUCAGUAAAGGGGAGGCGGCAGCUAUCGAGAACGAGCUACUGAGGGACUACAGGUUUGGACAGCAGCAGCUGAUAGAGAUUUGGGGACAAGCGUGCGCCCUCGCCAUCACUAAGGCCUACCCUCUCAGCUCUCUAGCAAAGAAGCAGCCAACAGUGCUGGUGAUUUGUGGUCCAGAUCAAAACGGCUCCAUUGGCCUGGUGUGUGCCCGACACCUGCGCAUAUAUGAAUAUGAGCCCACCAUCUACCACCCCAAACGCUCCUCUCAGAGUUUACACCAGGACUUCACAGUUCAGUGUGAGAAGAUGGACAUCCCUUUCCUCUCCUAUUUACCCACAGAGGUGCAGCUCAUAAACGAUGCCUACAACCUAGUGAUUGAUGCCAUGAUGGGCCCAGAUGCAGACUGCACCAACAUUAAGGAGCCCUACCCUGGUAUUCUGGUCACCCUGAAGCAAGUCAAGAUCCCCAUUGCCAGUGUGGAUGUGCCCUCAGGUUGGGAUGUAGAAGAACCAAGUCAGGAUGGCAUUACCCCAGAAGUUCUAAUCUCACUCACAGCACCAAAGAAGUGCGCCAUGAGUUUCUCGGGGAAGCAUUUCUUGGCCGGACGCUUCCUGCCCUAUGACAUCCAGAAAAAAUAUGAGCUUAACCUCCCAGACUACCCUGGCACAGACUGUCUCAUAGAAUUGUAACACAUGGGAAACAUAAGAGCCAGUGUGGCCACACCUCAUUUUCAAAAGAAAAACAACAACAUAUGGUUAAUCUAUUCUCUUGUUUUGCAUUUUCUAGAUUGUUAAUGUGAUUUAAUGUUAACAGCUCAGUUGUGUAGAUUCAGGCUACACCUUAGCCAAAUGUGCUGUUGAGCUAAAGUAGAUGGAUAAUAUUUAGAACCUGUGGUUUGAGUUAUGUCUUUUAGGGAAUGGCAUGAGGAGUUUUUGUGUCAGUCUACUUGUAAAAGCUGUAGCAUAACACUGUUUUCUGAGUACCUGGCAAAAGACAGACAUUUCUUUUUCCACAGUCAGCAAAGAGAGAUGAAUUUUCUAUGACGCCAACCACUGGAAUGUUUUUUUUCUUUAAACUUUUUUAAUGUUCAUGUUCGGUUGCUUUUAUGUUUAACCUUCUGAAGUGUGCCGCUGAGAUGCGAUGUUGUGUUGGUUGGUUGGUUGGUUGGCCAUUUAGAACUUUCUGUUCCUGUGUUUUUGGUUUGUUUGGUCAGCCUGCACUUCUGCAUUACUUUUGUUUCGGUUACUUCAUUAGCUGUUACAAAAGGCCCAGACAGUUCUUGUUGUCCAAUAAAAAAGUCAU